AUGACUCACUGAACUGAACCAGACUGCCCGCAUCGCCUGCAAUCCUCUAUGGGCAAGAACCGUACCCGUGGGCAACUAUAUUUAUGAAUAUCCAUAUUUGCGUGUGCGUGGGUGUUACACUGCAAACACUUAAUUAUAAUUAUUAUAUUUAGCGAGGGUUUUCCCGCUGAAGGGUGUGUCUCUUUAGUGUGUGUGUGCGCAAUAAAGGAGGAGGUCUUCGCAGGCAAACUAAACCCGAGUGUCGCCACCCUUCUGCUGCCAACCUACCUCAUCUGCAAAAAGCCUUCCGUAAAUAUAUCAUAACAAAUACAUACCGUAUUCUUUACCCUCCGACUUAUGCGGACUUUUGUUUACGACUCGGUCUGCGAGCUGCACUGCGGAAAUCUCUCUGAAACAACACGGGACGAUCCUGCUGCUUCAAACCAGAAGUGCAAGCCCCAGGAAUCGGGUUGUGUGUGUUUCCACAGCAGAAGUUUAAUUUGGCGUCUGUGUAGAGCCUGUUUUCAUUCUCAGUUCAACAAUGUAUCAAGUCGUAAGGAAGCUGUUUUUCACGGACUGUCAGUGUGCUGAAAAUGCGUCGAAAACGUACGAUGAUCUGUUCGCCAAGCUGGACACCAACAAGGAUGGGAAGGUGGAUGUGUGCGAGCUGAAAGCAGGCCUGGCCGCUAUGGGCAUCAAGACUGGGAAAGGAGCAGCUCAGAAAAUGGUUUCUUCUGGAGACAAAGAUAAAGAUGACGGUCUCGACUUCAACGAGUUCUCCAACUAUCUAAUGGAACACGAGAAGAAGUUACGACUUACCUUCAAAAGCUUGGACAAAAACAAUGACGGUCGAAUUGACUUUUUGGAGAUAAAGCAGUCCCUAGCCGAUCUGGGAAUGGACAUCAGCAAAGAUGAGGCGCAGAAGAUCCUUAACAGUAUUGAUGUGGAUGGCACCAUGACUUUGGACUGGAAUGAAUGGAGGGAGCACUUCCUGUUUAACACAGCCACCAACCUGCAGGAGAUUAUCCGCUACUGGAAGCACUCCACGGUGCUGGACAUUGGGGACAGCCUCUCCAUCCCAGAUGAGUUCACAGAGGAGGAGAAGACGACCGGCAUGUGGUGGAAGCAGCUGUCAGCGGGGGCCAUGGCCGGAGCCGUGUCCCGCACAGGAACCGCCCCGCUGGACAGGAUGAAGGUGUUCAUGCAGGUGCAUUCUACCAAGAGCAACAAAAUCAGCCUGGUUGGUGGUUUUAAGCAAAUGUUAAAAGAAGGAGGCGUGGCGUCUCUGUGGAGAGGAAACGGUAUCAACGUACUGAAGAUUGCCCCUGAGACGGCCAUUAAGUUUAUGGCCUAUGAGAAGUUCAAGAAGAUGCUGUCCAGUGAACCAGGAAAGGUCAAGACCCACGAGAGGUUCAUGGCUGGAUCGCUGGCUGGAGCCACAGCACAGACUGUCAUUUACCCCAUGGAGUUGAUGAAAACCCGCCUGACCCUGAGGAAGACCGGACAGUACACAGGAAUGUUGGACUGUGCCAAGAAAAUCCUGAGGAAGGAGGGAGUGAAGGCCUUUUACAAGGGCUAUGUUCCCAAUCUUAUAGGUAUCAUCCCCUACGCUGGCAUUGAUCUGGCAGUCUACGAGAGCUUGAAGAACUUCUGGUUGGCCCGCUACGCCAAAGAUUCAGCCAACCCCGGCAUCCUGGUGCUGCUCGGCUGCGGGACCUUAUCCAGCACGUGUGGUCAGCUGGCCAGCUACCCCCUGGCUCUGAUCCGCACCAGGAUGCAGGCACAAGCUUCUCUUGAGGGCUCAGAGCAGAUGCCCAUGAACCUGAUGGUGAAGAAGAUUCUGCAAAAGGAAGGCUUCUUUGGACUUUACCGUGGCAUCCUGCCUAAUUUCAUGAAAGUCAUACCAGCAGUCAGCAUCAGCUACGUGGUGUAUGAGCACAUGAAGUCUAGCCUAGGCAUUCAAAAGUAGGCAGCAGAGUAACGUGUGUCAGAAGUGUAAGAAGAUUUGCAACAGUUUUUUUUCAAUGUCAGAUCCCGUCCAUUUGAACAGAUUAGGGAAUCUUGUCAUGUUAAGAAUGUGUUUACCUGUAGAUCACCAAAGUCUCAAACUGCUGCAAGUGGAGCCGUUGUAGAAGUUUUUAAGUGAUGCUGGACUUUGGCAAAACUGUUAAGCCAUUCAAAAAGAAAACAUAGUUUACAAACUCCUGCAGUGCUUACACAGGGCUAAUCAUGAUUAAUAAGACUUCUACAAUGUUUCCCACUGUAUGUUCUUUGUCCAGCCUGCGUUUACCUGCGUGCACCCACAGAUUUAAGUGCACUGUCAGUAUCGGGGCCCACAUAGCGUUGGAUAUUAAGAAUCAAAAAACCAAAGAUGCUUGGAGAGGUUUUGUUUGUUUCAUUGUUUUUUUUAAAUGGCAAUGUUUUUGUAUCUGUCACUUUAAGUUUGUAUCCUUUCUAUGUCAUUGGUUUCCCUAAUAUUUUUACCGAAAGGCACACUUGCUCAUUUGGGUUAACACUUUUAUUUCUAUCUUUAUCAAAGAAAAUUGGCGUAUUUCACUUGUUAAGACACUUUAUAUAGUUUCCCAAAAUAGGGUGUGAGUGGGGAGUUUUUCACUAAGAAUCUGAGGGGAACUUUUGAAGUGAAAUACUGUAUACUACGAUGAUUCACAGGCUCGUAUGUUUGAUAUUAGUAUGUCAUUUUGUGGGAAAUGUUGAGAGGGAAUGUAAUGUGCCUAAGUGCUUUUUCUCAGAUAUCUGUGGACCUCCCCCCCCUUCAUGUUUGCCUUGCCUUUCUUUUCAAAUGUGGUUCAUUAUAUGCUGGUGUUUACAUUAAUAAAGACAUUUGAAUAUAAAAACUAAA